CAACUUCAAAUAUCCCACUAAUUACUACAUAAUUAAUGAUUAAAUUCAAGGAAAAUCCUGAAAGUAUCAAGUUUAAAGAAGGCGCCACUGCAACUAUCUUCUAAAUAUAGAAUGUUUAUACCUUCCUUCAUCUCUGUGUGUGCUGCUAGUUAGUAAUGAAAUAAGCGAUCAAACCACAUGUUUGUGUUCGUCUUCUAUCCUCCCACAUGCUACUGCUCAAAGAGAAUACUUAGUGAAAGACAUCAGGAAUAACUGGCAUUGCAAAGACGGCAACUAAGAAGUCGUCCAUUGUCUACGAGGACCAUCGAAAACAAAGAAAUGAAGAAUGUCUCUAAACACAACCGAAAGUAAAAUCAAAUUAACAGAAACCACAGGAGAACCUCUGUCUGAGACUCACCGCUUUGGCAUCGACGAUCUUCCCUUGUUCGCCAUCUACAUACUCAUCGCAGCUGGAUCGUGCAUAGGAACUCUCCUGAUCUCUUUUAUCGUCCAAAAGAUCGUCAGCUACAUCAAAAGACGAGACGAAAGGAAUAACCUUCUUGAGGAGAUAUCCGAAAGAUCUGAACCAGAGGGUAGCAGCGUCGAUUGUCGGGUGCUGGGUCGCUCAGUUCGCAGGAUGCCGGAGAGACGGUUAGAACAGAUCUACGCCAACGUUUCCAUGGAGAAUGCUUCCAUAUACAGUAAUAUGAAUGCUCCUACCCAGCCACCCAUGAAGCCCAAUACAGCAGACGACAAGGACGCAGAUGAUUACAUCAACAUGGAGAUGAACCCUUGUCCUCCGACAAAAAAGUUGCCGGCGUGUAGCCCUGAGGUACAGCUAAACGACAUCUCGAUAGACAUGUACAUACCACCUUUCAAGUUACAUUCCGCACCAGAUGGCUCACCUCCAGGGCAGCUUUCCCCCGAGGCAGGCGCACAAACCAAAGACCUUACCCUUGAGCAAGAUUAUGUUCUCUCAAUUGAUGACAGCUUAGAAGCCGUCCGUUGCGGUCGCGAGUACGUGAACGUAGAAAUCACGAACAGCAAUGGAGGUCAGAACAGUUCAGAGGGUCAGGGUUCAAAGCCAGAUAGUGGCGACAUUUACACAGCUGUUAAACCAGCUAAAAAAAGAUGAGAGGAAAAAAAAAAAAAGAAAGGAAUUUUACCCACCAUUGGAAACAGUUUUAUAUUCACAUGAGAGUGUUUAAAACGUUUUAUGCCAGUGUGAUGGUGUGGCUUUCAGGAUGAAAUCGUUCUUCUGAGAGUGUCUGACGAUGCAGGUAGCCCAAAGCGUGUUAUUAUGUGUGUCCAAUAUGUUUACAUCUUUAUGAAAUCCGUUCUUUCUUCGUGUCUCACCUGGUAGCACGGUUAGUUUACUAUAAUCACCGAUUCACCCUCUUAAAUUCAUAGAAACUCUAAUACAUGGAAAUGCUACACGAACAGCCAUGCACCCGACCCCAAAUGUCUCUACAUCCUUAUACUUUGGACUUGUGUAAUGACUCAGGCAGGUAUAAAUAUCUGUCGUGGCAAGGCCGGGAAAAUUAUUUUCGGUUCGACAGGUAAUUCUUACUUCCUAGUUGCAGGUGAGUUCAUGCACGAACCUCUCUAGUUGCGUGUUUGUACCUGCUCCACUCCUGUAGUCAGGGUUAGUUGUUGUGCUGGUGGUCGUGGUAGUGCGUGUGUGUCUGCGUGUGUAUGUGUCUGCGUGCCGACUCUUAUUACUGUGUGUGUGAGAGAGAGAGAAUGUUUGCGGUUUAGAAGGACAUUGUGUUAGGUAAUACAGAUAAUCCAUUCAUCUUGUUGUCUAUACAUUUUGUCUCUUCCUUUUCAUGCUUAUUCACCUAAAAACCAUGAGAAUGUUUAUACAUAAAUAUAUCUCUAUAUAUACACUAAUAAAUUCAGGUAUACGUAUAAACAUUCAAGCAUGCAUACACAGGCACUCAAUCAGGUAGGCAGAUGAUAAUUCUAUAAACUUGUUUACUGUCUUCUUUUUAUUUUGACAAUCAAUUUUCAGUAUUAAGGAAAACACAGAUUUUCCUUCUUUAUCAGUUGUGAUGUUGUAUCAAAUGACUCUAGUAAUCUUUAGGUUGCAUUGCAUGAGGAAAUGAUGUGUUACUAUUGAAAUUCAUUAUUACAUGACUCUACAGGAUGCUACAUCACUGUGCUGGUUCAAUAAAAUUAUUUUUCUC